AUGGAUUAUCUCAGUGAUCUUGAAAGCAAUCUUGCAAAUUUUACUGGAAAGCUAUAUCAAGGAAUAAACGAAAUUCAACAACAAGCUGCAAAGCUUGAGCCUUCUGAAAGAGCAAAAUUAGUCAGUUCAUAUAGUGCCCAGCUUGUAGAAGCUCACCAAGGGAUAAUAAGUUCUAUCAGCAAACUCCCAGAUGAACUUUUCAGCCAGACUAAAGAACAGCAAGAAGGCGAAAUAAAAACACUGCAAUUACAAUAUGAGCAAGCUGUUGAAAGACUAGAAAAACUUCAAAAAAAGGCAAAAAUUGUCAACGAAUGCGUUCAGGAAUCACUUGAUGCCCUAUAA